UGAAUAUACCACGUUUUCCCAUUUUCACCGCCACUCCUUUAUAUUCAUCCUAAACGUUCUAUAGCCGCCUCGUUAAACUCAGAAGCAAAUUCGUAUUUUCCGUCAGCGCCCAAGCUCACCAGAAAAUUUUAGGAAUUCCGUUGGUAUUGGCUUUUACAUGCCAGGCCGUUCUUCCUCGUGUCGUGUGGUUUUGAAAGAUCCCACGUAAUACGGUUUAAAAUUAUGGAGAUCUCAACACUGUCAAGAUUGAGCUGACAGCUGACACUAAUUUCCAGGCAAAUUUGGACAUGGGAACUCGAAAAUUCUUAUGGGAUGUGGCAAAGAAGUACUUUACAGUUGGACUCAUUACCUUCACCAUUUCAGAUUAUGCCAGUGUUAUUCACGUCCGGGGAGCCUCUAUGACUCCCACAUUUAAUCCUGAAACAAAUACCACUUUUGGGUCACUAACUGAUGACAUGGUUCUGGUGGAAAAGUUUUGCCUAACAAAUUACAAAUUUUCACGCGGUGAUGUGGUAGUUUUCAGCUCUCCAAGCAAUUACAAAGAGAAACAUAUAAAGAGAAUUAUCGGCUUACCAGGUGAUUGGAUAGGAGAAGCACCAUAUUCUUAUGAUGCAAUCAAGGUUCCUGAAGGACAUUGUUGGGUUGAAGGAGACAAUCCAGCAUUCAGCUUGGAUUCAAGAGCUUAUGGGCCGGUUCCAUUGGGUUUAGUUCGGGGGAGGGUCACCCAUAUUGUAUGGCCGCCUCAGAGAAUUGGUGAUGUCAACAGAAUAUUUCCUCAGGACAGACUUUCUCCUAAUUGAAAUUCAAUGAACGCCCCAUUUUCGCAUGGUAAUAGACUAUUUUUCCUCAGCUUUAUGAAAUCCAUUAUUCUUUGAUUGGAUCAUUUUUCUCUGAUAAAAGAAAUGUCAGGACUGUUGUAUGUGUUUCCAUACCCCUUUACAAUUUUGGACUCUUUCCAUAUUUUACUCCUUUGUAUUCAUUUUUUGGCACUGAUUUGCACCCCCCUGAGCGUGCAAAUGCACGAAUUGGGCAAUUGGAAGUUUGGAACUAAAAUCUAGAUGAUCAAGACUGUUGCUUGAAGAUCGUCUCCCUGAUCGGUUUUGUGCCAUCAACUGGAAUCCAAAUGGAGAUAAUUCUGCAUUGUAAAGUUGUAUUUGUUCAGAUCUUCUGAUUGUAGGGUACAGAGUUUCCAAAUAUGUCAGAAAAUAAGCUUUAUCAAUGCUAAGAACUGAGAAUUCAGUAGCUUGUUAAUUAUUAGCCUAAGAUGCUCUGAAUCAUUUUGUUACAUAGGACAUGGUUUAAAGGUCCCUGGUAUUUCCAAUCACUAUACUUCAGGUUCAGGCACAAUCUGAUCAUCUCUCUUGUAAUCAUGAAUACAUAAGGAAGCAAGAGGAGCUUUGUUCA